UUCUCUAGAGAGGAGACUUUGCCUCCUGGUGACUCCUGCUUCCAAGACUACUUUCUUGCCAGAGGAGCUGUGUAUAGGAUUUGGUAUCUGCGUGAAGGUAGGCUGUAUACUUUUACAAUAAAUAUGUCACCUUCAAGUUGGUUGGACACUAAGUGAGAUUUUGGUACAGAGAAACCCUUUCGAAGCUGUUCAGAUAAUCAAAUAACUUGGCUGGUUGGAAGUAAGUAUAGCCUCUCUUUUUUUUGAACAACAAUAAGUACAGCCUCUCUUCUUAAGUUUACAUACUCUUUGAGCAUAGAAUCAAGCAUUAUGUAUUUUGUGGCAUUCUCAAAAUACAUGUAUGUAUAUAUAAUACUAGUAUUUAAUUGUAGAUAUUUUAAAACUACGACUUUUCGGUUGGGUUUUCUAUAAUUUUGAGAUACACACAAUUAAAUAUUAAUAUUUAUAUAUACAUAUAUAUAUGUAUUUUGAGAAUUUUAUGUUUAGAACUCUACAUUGUAGUUGCUCUAAUGCAUGACUAUUCGCCUAUCUCUUUAUGGCAUAAUCCUCAGAACUGGCAAAAAUAUUUGACUCACAUCCGCGGGUCAGAACUUGAAAGCUAUCUCACCCGAGUGGUAGAAGAAAAUCUAAAGCCCCAACAUGUCGACCAAAUAAAAAAAAUUGUGAAUAUGCUGGACGAGAGAGAAAUGCUGGUGCAGAUUUGUGCUGGUCUGGGGUUGGACCGUAGAGCAAAAGAAGUAUUUGGUGGAGAGCUGCAGUGGUUUGCGAUUGCCAUAGGUUUCAUAGAGAAGGCUGAAACUUAUAUGUUGGACGAUAGCCGUUUGUUGAAAUGUGGAGAAGUGACAACAAUGUCUGAUCUUCCAGAUGAUUUGGCAGAAGAGAUAUUGUCUAGGGUUCCGUUGACAUCCCUAAGUGCAGUGCGUUCCACUUGCAGAAAGUGGAAUGAUUUAUCCAAAAACCAGGUUUUUGGUAAGUCAGCAUCAACAGGAAGGAAGCAUUUUCUAGGGUUCAUGCUGAAAGAUUAUAAGGUUUGUUCGAUGAAGUUUGAUCUCCAAGGAAUUGGAAACGAAGUAGACUUCGUUGAUCCAUCUAUAAAGGAAGUCAGUAUACUUGACCAAGUAGAAAUCACUCAGGUCUUUCACUGUGGAGGUUUAUUGCUAUGUGUCACCAAGUACAGGUCGAGACUUUUGGUGUGGAAUCCUUAUUUGGGGCAAACAAGGUGGAUCCAACCAAGAAACACUUUCCGAAGUGAAGACAGAUAUGCUGUUGGAUAUGACAAGAACCGUAACUACAAAAUCUUGAGGGUUUUUGGCAAGUAUGACACCAAAGGUGAAUUUGGAAGCGUCGACAAAUACCUGAUUUUUGGGUACGAAAUAUACGAUUUGAGCUCUAAUUCGUGGAAGGUCUUCAAUGUCAAGCUCGACAGGAAAAUACAUUAUUAUCAACGAGGCGUGUCCUUGAACUUCAAACCUGUGAAUGUUGGAAAGGCUCUGGAUCAAACCAGAGGUCUACAUAUUUUUAAUUUCAAAUCAUGUAAAACGACGUCGUUUCAUCUCAUUUGAAAAUGACGACGUCAAAUAUUUCUGAUAAAUUUGUUGACGGCGUGCUAAAUUGGCAGGUCAGCAAAAACAUUGUUAAUUAAUUCAAAAGUCAAUGAAAGUUUGGUGUUUUUUUGGUCAGCCCAAAAGUUCAUGUUUUUUUUGGCAAUUCGUGCAAAGUUGAGGUUUUUUUUGGCCGAAUUCUCGUUAAGUUUCCGAUAAUUUUGAGAUAUUUGCAAUUAAAUAUUAAUAUUUAUAUAUACAUAAUAUAUAUAUUUAUUUUGAGAAUUUUAUGUUGAGAACUCUCUAUUGGAAUUGCUCUAAUGCAUGACUAUUCGCCUGUCUCUUUAUGGCAGAAUCCUCAGAACUGGCAAAAAUAUUUGACUCACAUCCGCGGGUCAGAACUUGAAAGCUAUCUCACCCGAGUGGUAGAAGAAAAUCUAAAGGUACGGUGUGUAAAUUGAUCUUGAUAUUUUUUCCUAAGGAAGAGCUCACUAAGCGAGUCUGAUUCAUCUUGAACGUAUAUAAAGCCCCAACAUGUCGACCAAAAUAAAAAAAUUGUGAAUAUGCUGGACGAGAGAGAAAUGCUGGUGCAGAUUUGUGCUGGUCUGGGGUUGGACCGUAGAGCAAAAGAAGUAUUUGGUGGAGAGCUGCAGUGGUUUGCGAUUGCCAUAGGUUUCAUAGAGAAGGCU